AUGGAAGAUGCUUUGAGCAAGCUCUCAGGUUUCAUCGGAAGUCCGUCGGAAAUGGACCACCGGUUACUUCCAAAUAUUGCCACCGGCACUGCCACCUUUCAAAAGCGAUGCAACACAAACACAACACCCACAGCCCCCGCCGCCAAGAGGGCGACGGUGAAAGACAACAACGGUGGCAUGAAGUAUCGUGGUGUUCGUCGCCGCCCCUGGGGGCGGUACGCGGCGGAGAUUCGUGACCCGCAGACGAAAGAGCGGCGGUGGCUCGGAACCUUCGACACCGCCGAGGAAGCCGCUGUUGCGUACGACUCUGCUGCCCGUGCCAUGCGUGGAAACAAGGCAAGAACCAACUUUUUCUACCCUCCUCCGUUGCCGGAGUUUCUUAUUCCGGCCGCCACCACCACCACCACCACCAUGGCAAUCAAUCACGACGACUACAAAGACUUUUUUCCGACGGAGCCCGAUGACUCAGGUUUACUUGAUGAAGUACUAACUGGGUUUUACCCGAAACCUAAUAAGAAAUCUGGAUCCGAACCCUUUUCGCCAUUGAUGACCACUAAUUCUGUACCGAAAACGGUUGAAUCGAAUAACCCAAUUGAGGGUUUCUUGAUUAAAAACCAGCAAUUUGAGAUGGAUCAGAGGUUGAAUGGCGUUGGAUGGAUGGGAUUUUAUGGUGAUCAAAUGGAAGCAUUUGGGAUUCAAGAAAGCAUUUUUGAUGAUACGUUCGCUAAUCACUCAGAAACUGUUUCUUUUCUUAGAGCAUGA